AGGUCAGGGAGGCGGUAGCGGAAGCUCCUUCCGCCCGGCGCCGCGUCCCGGAACCAGCUCUGCCGCCGCGUCCUGACCUCUCCUGUCCUAGCCCGGCUCGGCCCCGCAACCCGCCGUCCCCGCCGUCAGCAUGACAGCGUCCGGCGCCGCCUCCCGCAGGUGACACCCCGCGGCCCUUUUCGCCACUGCCAUCUCAUAUAUGGGCCACCUGCUCUCGAAGGAGGCAAGCAGCCUGAGCCGCGACCGGUGCUGCCGCCGCCGGGCGAGGAAGGUGCCUCCGCGCAGCCGGAGCUGCUUCCUGCGUGGGCCUUGCAUGCUCUGCUUUAUCGUGCACAGCGCCAGCCCGCCCGCCCCAGAGCAGACCCUGCCCGCCGGAGACCCCUUGCUGCCACCGCCACCCUACGCGGCUCUCGCCACCGCGGAGCAGCGAGUCGCCCGCCGCCUCCUCCGCCUGCGGCCCUCCGCCUGGGAGCCGCGGGGCAGCUGCCAGCGCCUCCUCCUCUCGGGCCUGCUGCCCUCGCCGGUGCGUGGCCUCCUGGGGCCAGCCAGGCCGCCUGGCGAGGUCGCCUCCGAGAUGCUGUGCAAACGCAAAGGGGCCGGCAUGCCCGCCUGCCCGCCCUGCAAGCAGCCGCGAUGCGCGGCCGCCGCGGAGCCCGAGGCCGUCCGCUGCCAGUGCCCGGGGGACCCGCAGCUCUGCACCCUGCCCUCCGCCGACGGCUGCGCGGCGGGCGGUGGGGGAGCCCCCGCUCGGGGCGCUGCCGGGGAGAGCGGUGGCGGGGGGCAGCCCGCCUCGCCGCAGCCCCCCGCCCUGGAGGAGAGGGAGAAAGAGGAAAGAGAUGGUGAGGCUGGCUGCGAGGAGCCGCUGGAGCACCCCCGUGACUGCUGCCGAGAGCCGCUGCUGCCGGCUGCCCCGAACAUAAAUCAGCUGCCGUCCUCCAUCCUCCUCAAGAUACUUUCCAAUUUAUCCCUGAAUGAGCGUUGUCUUUCAGCAUCAUUGGUCUGUAAAUACUGGCGUGAUCUCUGUUUAGAUUUUCAGUUUUGGAAGCAACUGGAUCUCAGUAGUCGACAACAGGUCACUGAUGAGCUGUUGGAAAAGUUAGCAUCAAGAAGCCAGAAUAUUACAGAAAUCAAUAUUUCUGAUUGUCGCAAUGUAUCUGAUACAGGAGUAUGCAUAUUAGCCAUUAAAUGCCCUGGACUCCUAAGAUAUACUGCCUACAGAUGUAAACAGCUUUCUGACACCUCUAUUAUUGCAGUUGCCUCUCGGUGUCCUCUUCUUCAGAAAGUGCAUGUGGGCAAUCAGGACAGACUCACUGAUGAAAGUCUCAAGCAGCUGGGUUCAAAAUGCAGAGAAUUGAAAGACAUUCAUUUUGGGCAAUGUUACAAAAUCUCAGAUGAAGGAAUGAUCAUUAUAGCUAAAGGCUGUCUGAAGCUGCAAAGAAUAUACAUGCAAGAAAACAAAUUAGUGACAGAUCAGUCUGUGAAAGCUUUUGCUGAACAUUGUCCUGAGCUGCAGUAUGUUGGUUUUAUGGGCUGCUCUGUUACUUCGAAAGGAGUCAUUCACCUCACCAAUCUAAGAAAUCUUUCAAGCUUGGAUCUCCGUCACAUAACAGAACUGGACAAUGAAACGGUGAUGGAAAUAGUAAAGAGAUGCAAAAACCUUAAUUCCCUCAAUCUGUGUCUGAACUGGAUCAUUGAUGACAGCUGUGUGGAGGUGAUUGCCAGAGAAGGCCGGAACCUGAAAGAGCUGUAUUUGGUAUCCUGUAAGAUCACUGACUAUGCUCUGGUAGCCAUCGGACGAUACAGCAAGACAAUAGAGACAGUGGAUGUUGGAUGGUGCAAAGAAAUCACAGACCAUGGAGCUACCCAAAUUGCACAAAGCAGCAAGUCUCUCAGAUAUUUAGGGCUCAUGAGAUGUGAUCAGGUGAAUGAAGCUACCGUGGAGCAGCUAGUGCAGCAGUACCCGCAUAUAACCUUCAGUACUGUACUACAGGACUGCAAGAGGACACUGGAACGAGCUUAUCAAAUGGGCUGGACACCCAAUGUGUCUACUGCCUCCUAACCUGCUAUGCCAUGUCUAGCACAACUGGUUACUCCCAACUGGCCAUUGGACACUGCUAGUGUCAACUCCCAACCAGGAAAAUUGGCGUCAACCAGCAGGUGGUGCUCAUUCAGCACCGUGAAGAGAACCUCGUGGAGCAGUCAGGUCUGCUCAUGGGGCUCUGGUUUUUGCACAGAAACUGUGUAUAUAUAGGGGAGCUGAAAUGUAUGUCACGGAGUUUGUAAUAUGAAAAAUUAACAACAAGAUAACAGCAACUCAGUCAAACGUGAGAAAUAAAAAAUUAACAAUGUGAUAAAGGUGAUUCACACAAACAUAGUAUAAACAGCUUACUUCGGGUAGCAGGCCUAAAUAUCAAUUUUUAAAACUUUUUUUUAAAAUUUUAAGAAGUAAUGGUUGGUUUACACUUGCAUUUUUUUAAUGUGACUUCUAAAAACUGUUCUGAUGGUUUUUAAAUUGCAUUUGUUUAAACAGUACUUUUAGUAAACGUCCCAAGAGGUGCCCUUAUCUCAUUGUUAACUUUUUUGUUACAAAUUGUGUGGCAUACACUUGAACUCCCCUGUAGCCCCAUGAGCAGAUCUGCCUGGUCCCUGAGGUUCACUGACCUGAACAAGUGAUGGCUGGUCAGCAGCCAGUCAUCCCAACACUGAGUUGGUGGUGUAGAGGUGUCCAGUUGCCAGUUGGUAGCAGUAAGCUGGCAGGGCCCAGUUGACCCUUGCCUUCCCCCCCCCUACAUCCCCUACCACCAUGACAGUUCCACUCUGCUGCAUUCAGAAGAUAUAAAGGGGAUUGCAGAGGGUUCACAACUUUUCAUAUGAUGCAAUAUAAUUGUGAGUUUACAGAGGUUACAGUAAAAUGGCAAAAGCUGUACACUGAUUUUAAUGUACUGUACAACUAAGUGCUAAUAUUGAAGCAGAUCUUUAGAAAUGCAUUGUAUUUUUGUUUGCAUAAAAUAUAAUAGCCUUGGGCAGAUUUCUUGAAGGGGAUUCCUACUAGUUCUUGGAAUAGUUCAAGUUAUAAAAAAUUUUAAGCUUGUUUUCCUCUGUUUACUUUAUUUUGCCUUGGUCACAUGUGUUCUUUGAUUUGUAAAUGAAAACUCAGUGCAGAUGAUCACCAGAGGCCUGUGUUGAAACUGGGAGAUAGUACUUAUCAUUUACUGAAGCUGCCCCAGGAGUUUUAAAAUGCACAGUAAUAAAAAAAGCUACAAAGAAUUGUCAUUUUCUUAUACACAUUUUGAUAAUUAUACAUGUCGUUGUAUUAAACAGAAAUUUUAGUAAAUUAAGAUGACAGAAUGGAUAUUUAAUGACAAUCUUACUUUUUCUUCUAUCACUCAGCAGAAUUGCUAUCUUCUUUCAUUCUGUUUUAUUUAAAUAGGAGAUGCUGUAGAGAUUUCCAAGCCUUUCCACUUUGCCUUUUUAAUAGUGAGUUAACAGUUCUUAACCUAACACUAUAACCAGCUCCUUCUUCAUAGAAGUCAAAUAGUAACUGGAUACAUCAACUAUCAGAAAUAAAUUAACAUACGGUGUUUAAAUAUUUAAUGGUUAAGUUAAUUUGUCUCCUCUGACUACACCGUUAUGUUGCUAAAUUGGGAAUUCAGAUGAAUGGGUAUAAGCCAAUAACAGGAUUCCUCUCAUUUCCUAUGUGAUUUUUAUUUUACAACAGAUCUUACAGUGCAAAGAAUGCUUACCUUGAGAAGGCCAGCUACACAUGAAUCCCAUCAUAGGUAUCAUUUUGUAGGAUAAGAUGAUUCAUAAUGCAGUGUAUGCCAGAAAAUACCCAGAGUAAAUACACAGACCAAUUAAUUUUCUGUUUGCCACAUUGCAUUCUAAGGAGUUAAAUUUGACAUGGGGAUACUGAAAACACAGACAUUGCAUCUUCAAUUCGAAGUUGCAGUAACUUUUGGAGUAUUACCAUUUGUUUAAGAAUGUUUUCAGGUGUGUAACACUGGACAUUUGUUUUACAAAGGCUACCAAACUUUAAAGUAUGAAAUGCUGAAGUUUCAGAUGAAGAGUUGCCAUUACUGUCAAAAUGUUUUGCUAAUCCAGAAGGUCUAAUGCAGCAUAACCUAGAGGCUUGUCUAGUGUGGCCAUAUAACCCUGUAAAAAUGUUUGUUGAUUUCCAUAUCAUAAUUUGAUACAACAGAAACAUUAGCGUACAGUAAUUCCAGUGAUGGUGUUGAAUGUUUUCUUAUUAGACUUCUCAAAUGGGGAUGAACUAAUUUCUCUGCAGAAAAUAUAUUAUAAAGGUUUUGCUUUAAAUAAGUGGAAAUACAUGUGAACAAAAUGGCAACAAUAUUUUCAGAAUAAAGCCAGUGGAUUAUA